AUUAAUGCCGCUGUGAAAGGUAUAUAACUGAGACUGAUAGAAAACAUUUAAUAAACAUAAUUCUGGUGUUUACUUAUCAAAUAAUUGAAAUUAAUUAGAAUUUUACUGAAACAUAUGGGAUUGUUGUUUGAAAAUAAAUACAAUACUACCUGUGAAUUUUGACUAUAGGUUAUAGAAGAAAGUAUUAAGAAUAUAUACUUUGAAUUCAGUUACUAGAAAAAAAUACUAUUAGAUUUGAAAACGAAGUAAAGAAAAUUUAAUUGGAAAAUAUUAUUAUUUUUAUCACCACGAGUUUGAAAAAAAAAAGUGAAAAUUAGUUGAGAGUUGAAAGUAUCGACGAUGGUGUGAGGACGGUGGAUGUGUUGAUGUCAUGAGUCGGGGGCACUGAGGCGUGGGGCACCUAGUGUGGAGCCUGUAGGUGUUGGGGGGGUCAUCAUCGUCUGUGAGCCACGGGGGAAGAGGCUGCAGCAUGGACACCCCCAUCAGGUUACUCUUCCACACCUCCUGACGGCGACAGUCCUACUACUACUACUACUACUGAACUGUUGGAGGAGUGGGUUGGCGAGGUGGUAGCGGCCAUGCGAGGGGACGCUAUGUUACGCUACCUCACGCCUACCUCGGUGGUGAGGGAGAAUGGUACUUGUGAGACGGUCACCAUCGACCUUGAGUUCUGGGACUUGCAGAGCGAGAUCGAGUCACACAAGGAUGUGUUGGCGAGCCUCAACGCAACGGGGCAGAAGCUCCUGGGCACACUGGAGAACCAAGACGAGGCGGUUAUGCUGCAGCGCCGCCUGGAGGAGAUGAACCAGAGAUGGAACACUCUCAAACAUAAGAGCAUCGCUAUCCGAAAUCGCCUUGAGGGCAACAGUGAAAACUGGAACUCUCUCCUCCUGUCCCUUCGUGAGCUUAUUGAAUGGGUGAUCAGGAAAGACACGGAGCUGACUGCUCUGGGCCCUCUUGUGGGCGACCUCAACUCUCUCUCCAAGUUUGCGGAGGAUUUGUCUUCCUUUAGGAGAGUCAUCGACGAAAAACAACCAGUAAUCGAAUCUAAUUUAAAGAGCGGCCGGCAGCUGAUCGCGUCUGAGCCACCACUGAGUGACACCAGCGAUAGUGAAGCUGGUCGUGAGUUGGACGGCGAUGCUCGUUACCGAGGGGACGAGAGCGCGCGGGACCUGACACGUGCUGUAAGACGGGAGGUGGCCAAGCUGUCGGAGAAAUGGGCCGCGCUCAGGGAGAGGGCCGCCGCUGCCGCCGCCCAAACCGACCUCGCUCAUAAGGUAGGUACUCAGUAA